AGUUGGGCUCGAAGAGAUUGUUCGGGUUACCAUUUCGUCAGCCCCAAUGGAUCUGCCGAAAGGUGCAGUAUGGAUGCAGGCAUCUUGCGACGCCCUGCAGCCAGUGGAGAUGUCAUUCAAUCCUUGCCAUACGCCUGGGUCCGAGUGCCCUGUCCUCAGGCGAUGACAGCGGCAAGUGAGCCUUCUCUUGCAUAAUUGAUGCCCGUGUCGCAAGCAGCGCUGCCGCCGUUUGGGCCAAACUGGCCGCGUGCAAUUUUCGAUUUCGAACAAGGUGUUGAAAAGGCGCGGCGCGUGGCCGUGCACGAUGCUGAGCACGCCCAGGACUGUGCGCGCUCGGUUUUUGGCCUUGGCGAGGCGCUGCGGUGCCGUUGUGCGCGUGCCUGGCAGACGCGCGUGCCGCCGGCCUUGGCGGCAAGGGGAAAACGGAGGACCAUUCGCCGGUGGCCGAAGUUUGGUCCUCUUCUUUCUGAGACUUCACGGCAUGCGGGUUGCCCUGCCAUCGCUGCAGCUCCGCAAAGACUGCUACGAGCUCGCGCUCAAAGACUUUGAGCUGCUUCAGGGCAUGCUCCAUUUCCUGCAACUUCUGCCGCCCGGAUAGGGCGUUUCUCCAGCCGCCAUCGCUUGGCACGGCCACUUGCGCUUUGUUUCCGCGACUGAGGCCGCGGAUUUGAACCUGUUUCGUUAACAUCGCAGCAACCUGGGACAAACCGAGCCGCCCGCCCAUAGUGGCAACGAAGAGGGACACCGACGCGCUUCUGCCGCAAAGGGUCUGUCCAUAUUCCUGACCCAAGCGAUCUGCCAAAAACAGGCUGUGGAUGAUGCUUCAAUGAGGAGUGCCGGCAAAUUGCUUCUUGAGCCCUCCGGGCUUGCAGUUUGCAAGCAGACUAUUUGGGCACCCGUGGGCAUGUCUUUGCAGCCGCGCGGCCCGCGCCGCGUGUUUCAAUUGACCGGUGCAUCUCGGGCACACCAGCGCAAGGUGUACCGUUGAGUGGCACGCACUCCCACGAAAGCUUGGAGCAAUCUGUCGCACUCUUGUUUUGCUAGAAUCUUCAUUGACAGCUGCAAACUUACCUUCCAGAACCCGGAAGGGAUAACAACAAGGUUGGGUAGAAUAUUUUGCGAAGAUGAACCGACAUUGAGUGUGCCAUCAGAAUCCUUUUGUAGGAGCUCUUGGGAUUCAAGAACCUGUUGUCCUUGGCGGGCCACAAUUCAAGGUUUGACGGGUGAUGGGCAGGUUCCCCAGAACUACAAAGGCAAAGGAAAAGGCAACUACAAGGGAAGCAGAAGCGGGGCUGAGAAAGCGGCAUAAGCAGAAGCGUGGUCCAAUGCUAGGAUUGACCGGCCAAACAUCGGGGAGCACGCUGCCGAUGCGAGAUUCCAGAGGCAGUGUAUUGUUUUGAACGCGGAGCACCGCACGGUCUAGAUCGCCAGACGAGUUUCUGUUGGGGUUCGGACCUUGUGUCUGGCACGGCGUAUCGCAAGCGGGCUUAAUGCGAUUCGUUGCCUUGUCCGACGCGCAAAAUGAAACUGUUAGUGUUCACGGCUUCCUUCUGGCUCUUGAGCACGUUGUCAUUCGGGGGAGGAUUGUGUGCCGAGAUUCGUCCUUCGGACGUACAAGCUUGCUGGCAAGUGCGUGCGCAAAAUGGAUCCAAAACAACGCAAAGCAAUCGCGACACAGUGCAAACACAGGCAACUUCAGAAAGUGCAUCGGCUGCGCAUGAGGUCUUUUUGUCGCACACACACCACGAGCGUUUUUGUUCAACCUGACCGUGUGUUAUAGGGAAAGACUCGGUGUGAAUCUUAUCAGCUCGUGGUAAAGGACAUGUCUAUCAAUGCAGGAUCCCGGCUACAGGUUUCGAUAGUCUCUUUCUGGUGAGAUCUUGAGUGCCCACCAGAUCGCAGAAGCGCGCGUUGAGCUUGAAAAUAAAGAGCUGUCGGAUGAGCUUUGGUGCCUGGUUCUGAUGCCGGCUCCGACGAUGCAGACAUUGCCCGAUGACAAGUGCCGCUGGUAAUCUCGAGAAUUGGGCGUGCCUCGUAAGGGGGUCUCAUCACCAUGGGUGGGUUUCUUUUAGGUCAGCCCAAAAAGGUGCAGCCUCCCCAAAGCACCAGAGGUUUCGAUGCCUGACUGACCUGCCCCUCAUGGACCUUCCCGCGCACAGACGCCUUGCAGAACAAACUCACAGGUGUCCUGCCAUGUUAUCUUUCUACGAGUGUACGUGUGCCUCGGAGCAUAAAAUGACUUUCUACGAGUGCAUGUGAAGCGAGCAACUCAAAUUGACUGGUGGCCUGCUUGUUUUGUGGUUGAACCAAAAAGACGGUUUUUCAUUUUGAGCCGCAUCUUGCGUGGUUUCAGCGCAGGUAACCGUCAUUGAUCGCAGUUGUGAGAGGAAGUGCAGCUGGCGUUUACUCUGAAUCUUGCGUGGCGUUGAACGGCACACACGUUGCGUUGAAGCCGCUUUGCAGACUAUGGGAAGAUGAAGCAAACCGGAUGGAUCGCAGUGAGACGAAGUGCAGGCGCAUGCUGAAAGCACGAAUACGGACGCUGCUGGGCCAUGACGCGAGGUGUAUUUUCCACGCGUGGAAAGGGGGCUCGCGACCGAUUUCACCAACGGUCAAGGUUCUAGUUUCAGGGAUCCCCCGUUUCAGGCUUGCGAGGAAUUGCAAUUCACUCAGUUGCAGCGGCACGGACUGUGUCAAGCUACCCAUUGGUAGGCCAGCUCGAUAGUCAUCUCUGUUCGGCAAGUGAGGAUUUCCUAGAAUGCUAUCAAGAGCAGACCGCCAAAACAGCUGGCUAGCCUGCUUCCAUCCCAUUCUUCUGAUUCCCGUCCCUCGCAAAAAAUGACGUACGUGCGCCCACGCAGGAUUCAGGGGCCAACUGGCCCCCCGCCCAACAAACCCCGAUGGGCCCACUAGCGGGCCCGGCUGUUUCGACGGAAGUACUUCCAUGUCAUAGGUGGGCGAAAUAAGAAGCACAAUUUUUGUAGUUGCUCAUCCAAACCUGAAGCACUGAGCCCUUGGUACUCCGCGAGGGGAACAGCACCCCAUACCCCAAGGUGCCAAUAAGGCCCAGGCUGAAUUGCUCUUUCUUGUUGCAAUUGUAGGUCUUCAGGCGUUCUUUUGCAUGGCGUUACGCUGUCGCUGCCUGCGCGAGUAUCAAAAUCCUUUUUGCCCGAGACUCAGCGACAGUUGCGCAAGGGCUGGGAGGCAAGCAAUCAAACACAAAGGUGUCCGACAUCGACUGCCACGCGCUUGUGCUUUGGCAACCGGGUGUUAGCCUGCGUCGAAACAAACACACGAGCCUUCAGCUCGCAGAAGGAGUCAUCGACGGUCACUCAGCGAGGCUCCAUGUGUCGACUCAAUCAGGGCUUGUCAUGAGGUUGCCGUGUUGGCCUCGAGGGUCGCGGUCAAGAGCAGGGGGGUGAGUCACACCGAGUGCGCGUAGCGAGACUGCUUGCGUGCCAUCGGGUUUCAGCCCUCCAACCCCCGCAAGUGCAGGGGGCAUUCGGGUCCUGCAGCGAAGGUCUGUGUGCCCCAAGACCCGCAACCUCUGGUAAGGUUUGAAGUACCAGAAGCUCAUGGUUUGGAAUGCCUAGAAACUCUCAUGCGUGUAAAAGUCAGUUGCUUUUCAGGAACUGCUUUUGUUGCCCCGAAGCACUCUGUUCAGUUUGCGAGCAGCUUUCGUUAAAUUUGGGCCUCAGAGCCUUUUGGCGACUCUGCUCGAGCAGUCGACUAAAAGUGGUUUUGACCAGUCAAGAAACCUUUUGAGCUGCUCAACAGCGCUGCUUGAUGAGCUUGGCGUUUGAGGCAAACAAAGGGAGAUUAGAGGUGUUUGGAAAGCACGUAUUGCACGACACAUUGCUUUUGGAUUGGAACAGUUGACUUCUAACUGAGUAGCGUAUCACGUUUCUUUCGAGCCGCAUGAGUUGAGUACCCGGUGCCCCGGCUGCACCAGCCACGGCAGCCUGCGGACAUUGCUUGCCUGUGAGAAUCUCCCGGCUUUGAGAUUCUGUUCUGUUCUGCACUUGAAGCUUCCCUUUUUGCUUCCCAUGAGCCGGCUUUGUUGAGGCCAUUUCGCUUGAGAAGGCUAUGCGAAAACUGAGAGGCGAGCUUCUGCGAAGGAUGAGGGAGGGCGUCGGCUUGUGGCCGCUCCAAAAGCAAGGGGCCGAUGCCAUCAAUGUCGUGGCUGGAGCAAAAGGUAGGUAAACCAUGAAGGGCCUCUGAAGGAGUCUUGCCCGCACAGAGAGGUGGCAAGAUGGAUCGCUUAGGCGCAAAGCGCCUAGCCAAACCGAAAGGCAUGGAGUUGGAAGCAACGCUGCCCAUCGGCAACUUUCUCAGGACGAUCGCAGCUCUGAACCACUGGGCAUUUGGGCUCUAGGAAGCAUCUCCAGCCCCCAGCAAGACGAGCUUCUGAGUAGUUCUUGCCUUCGCAGCAGCAUUUCUAAGGACGUUGCUGAAGCGGCAAAAUGGGUAUGGGCUCCACGUCCUGUAUCAUCAAAGGUACGUUGCGCUUCACUGAUCGGUUUACACUACCAUUUUGGCCUUGCAACUACAUUCUGCUAAGAAAAGGUCUCAAGAGGGGCACUCAGCACCCCUGUGCUACGCUUGAAUCUGUGCAAGUGACACCCGUCUCCAUCGCGACUCUCUUGCAAGGAGGAAGGCAUCAUUGGAUUGCUGCGAUUGCUGCAGAACACCCUGCACUACCUUCCACAAAGUGGGCCCAGAGACAGAAGUAGCAGAAGUUUGCACCGCUAUUCUGGCGGAACCAUCAAGCUCACCUGGAAUGGUGUGGAAGUCGCUACCUGCAGGUAAUCGCCAGAGACAGGAAUGGUGGUUUAGGCACUGAAAACUUUAAGAAGCAACUCCUCUAAGAAGGCGCCCUACCAACGCGCUUGUGCCCGCUCCAUUGCCGGAAGCAAUCAGGACACAUUGAGUGCAGCAGCCAAAGCCUACAAAAUGGCGACUUGUCAAAUCGAGAAGCCUCACGGCUUCAAGAAGGGCUAUGCCAGCCAGACCGCUUGCCUUCUGCGAUCUCCCGGCCUCUCUUGAGAAGCUGUGCUGUUCUGCGGUUCUUCGCGCCAACCAACAGCUUUUCGAUUUGCCGACUUCCAUUGCCCGAAAGCUUGACUCGCCGCCGGAGAAGGCACAGAAGGCUUCCAAGAAAACUACGUAAGCCUAGGCGGAAGGCCUGCUUUUCUGUUUGCUUGCCUUAUUUGUCCUCUUGAAGCUGUUGGGCGGCAGACGACAUCGUAAUGUCCCAUCAGUGCUAGCGCUUCGAGCGCUCGUGCAGUUGCAGGAGCGCGCCCGCUGAUUUGCAGCUUGUAGGAGCAUGAUUUAAGUGCUCCUUGGACGGAUGUGAGGAAUCUUGGUUGAAGAAAAACAAAGAGCAAGAAGUUUCGAGUGCCGCCGCACGCCGCACCCACCUGCUCAACUUUGGAAAUCCAGGAAGAGUAUGCACCUUUGGAACGCCCCUCGUUCCAGAAUGCCUUGAAGCAUGGCCACCGUCCAGCUGUGAGCAAGGAGUGAGGAGAGGGCAGACGUUCGCACGCCUUCUGUUGGUCGGCCGAGUUAUUGGACAUGCGUGUGCCAUGCGAAAAUGACCGCUCCACAGGUAGUUUAGACAGGUACCAAGAAACCAAGUCCACUUUCUUGUGCAGGCAAGCUGUCGAAUCACACUCAUGCUACUUUGGAUGACUUAGAACGAUUGGAGAAAGGAUGGCCGUUACUCGACCUUCUUCGUCAAGUGCGAUGCCUUACAAAGACAAGAUUGCCGCUACUUCUCAGAGUCGAUUUGACUCACUCUGCCCGAUGCUUUUAGUUCUUGGGAUGGGCCAAAGCCCAAACCCGAAGAAGUGACCCUGUCUUGAACAUACCUUGUCCUGUCAGGUCAGGUUGGUUCAGAAUAGAUGGCACUGGUUUCAGUUUAGUUCGAAUCCUGUACCGUUUGAGACCAGCUGCAGCCGAGCUCAACGGCAUGAUUACCAUGUUGGCAAGAGAGUGCACAGAUUCCACUAGUAAGCUCGAAGCUUUGCCAAAAAGGCAAUUUGUCCAUACAGAGUUGAAUUUUUAAGUAGGCAACAGGAUGUCCUACAUUUCCAAGGCGUUGCUCCUCAGGGCUUUUGGCGCUUCCUGUUUGGCUCGAAGUUCUCGUUGUUUGCCAAAACCUUCGGAUGAUUUGGGUUGAGAUGGCGGUCUUGCUCGCGGCGCUCUUGCCGCUGGCCUCAACCGUGCGGACCCUGCAGGCGGAGUCGGCUGUGGCAGAGGGCUACAAAGUUCCGCGCUUGUGCUCGAAUUCUUUGUUCAGCUCUGACAACUGCUGCGCCUGCGGGAAGAGGAACGGCGAAAGGUACGACGACAAACUGGGCACUUGGAUCGACACCUGCCAGUGGGUGAACGGCAAGGGCGUGUGGUAUGGGAAGGCCUGCUGCGAGGUCUGGGCCGCCGACUGUGAGGAGAACGAGUGGCAGUACCGGCACGGCCUGCAGCGCGACUGCAAGGUGACUCAGGAGGAGUGCGGCGAGGCGGAGUGCUCAGAGGUGUACGAGGCCUUGGCUUCGGCGAAGGAGAGACUAAAGAAGGCGCAAAGGGAGCGGCCCAGAACCAUCAGCCUGCAGGACAACAUCACCGGCGUCAGCAACACGGGGACCAUGUGUCACUGCGCCUGCGGCGCAGUGGUGGAUGCCGAAGCUCUGACGUGCCAGAGCCUGAAUGAGAAGGCGCUGGUGUGCCCGGAGGUGCGGCCCUGCUGCACGGAUUUGGAGGACUGCGGCUUCGAAGACCCGUGGCGCCAGGCAGUGGCCCUCAGCGAGGCGAAGAGGAAGCAGGAGCUGAGCGAUCUCUCUGCAAUGGAGCGGACACUAAAGACUGAGGUGAGGGACCUGACGGCGCUCUUCCAGGAGUGCUACAAGGGCUGCAAGAAGCAGCACCAGAGGGUGUGCGUGGAUGACCUCAAGGCCACGGAGAGCUCUGGGAUCUUUGGGAAGGUCACGGUGCAGGAGGCCGCAGCGACCGAGAGGCUCCAGAAGAUGGCGAGGUCCCACGCGGUGACCUCGGCGGAACGUGACGCGGAGCUUCAGAGGCUCAACGCCCACGCGAGGGAGCGGCACCGGGCAAGGGACAGGGACCGGGCGCAGCAGUGGCGGCGCCAGCAGCUGGUGAAGCUGAACAACUUCGCCAGCGGUGCGAUGAAGGCACUGGAUAAGGCGGUCCAGAGGGAGGAGUGCUGCAAGUGUCAGAAGCUCGAGAGGUCGACGGAACCCGGCUUCUUCAGUGAGUGGAGCCUCAUCACGGACUUCUGCUCGGCGCCCUCUUGCCAGGUCUAUGGAGGCAGCUGUUCACGCACGGAGAAGAGCUUCUGCGGGCGUCGGUACACUGCUUGCCCUGGGGAUCACGAGUACUACAGCAGGUGAGGGCGUCGAGACCCAUGGACCAUGAGUCCGUGCCUCAUGAUCAACGCCAUUAUGUGCAACGUACAUGUUGCAUCCUUGCCACUUUUCAAGCUUAACCUGAGAGAUCGCGAGAUGAGCAGCAUCCUCGAAAUGCUUGUCCCAGUGGGACUGCCCUCCCCCCGGCCCCCGAUUUGGGGUCGCGGAAGGGAGACUUUGCCCCGCUUCGGAUGAAUCCCUCUGGAGAAAUCCCUGUCGGGGAAUCGAAUUAUUCUCGGACACUAAAAGUAGGUCCUCCAGUAGUGCCC